UAUAGUUAAUAAGCAAUAAGUCGAGAGGCAAAAAAAAAGACUUCUAAAAUUAGGAGUUAAGAGGAGCCCAAAGGCAGCAGCAGGGUUCAUAGCAGAUGGAGGCUGGACAAUCGACGGUUCUGCCUUCUGUUCAACAGCACAGAGACGAAAAAAACAUACACAGAGCAACGAGACGACCAUGGGCAUAAUCACACCGCCGGUGGCAGCUAUAAAAAAGUAGAUAACGGUGCCUGUCAGGUAAAGUCUGCCAUGAGUUAAAGCUAAUUUCGCCAACGGCACUCAGAACCAUAAUGUUAGCUUAGACGCUAAAUGAAGUUUGACAGGCUAACGUCAGGUUUAGCUCCAGUGUUGGCUACAAGCGCUGCCACUAGCAGCUAGGGCAGUCUAACGCCAGCUUGUGAGAGCCGCUAGCCUUUAUGAAGUUGCUCGUUGAAUUAUUGUGGCAGUUGGCUAAUGGCGUUAGCUAGCGUUAACGUUAGAUGUCAGCCGGUCGUAGCUAACCCGUAUAACGUUGAAGACUGAGAGCAUAUCUCCACCGUCUGCUCCCUCUCUCUGGAAAAUUACGCGACUGAAGGAAAUGGCUUUUACUGUUUAAUUAGCCUUUUGAGCUAGCAAUGCGUACUACAUUAUUUCAGAAUAACGUUAGCUUGCCGGCGUCGGAUUACUGUUCUCUGUGGUACAACUGUGCCCAGCCCAGCAGCGUAAGUUAUAGCAUUUCGCAUAAUGAGUGAUCAUUAUGUAAAAGUCAAGGUUCAACUCGAGCAAAUGAAAUCAUUUGGCGAGGAUGCGGAGAAGCAGGGUGUGGAUACUGACGAGCAGGAGGUGCCAGUGUCUUCUCCCCCUGCUUCUGUCUCACCAGACCCUCAAAGCAUCACCAUAGCAGGUAGAGAUGCGGCCAACACCUCCAUCACUUAUAAACAUAGGGGUAAAAGUCGCAGUAAGCCUGGAAAAGAUGACAAGAACUCUUGUGGGAAACAUAUGUCAGACCUGUCAUUGCACGGCUCUGUUUCUGGCCAUAUUGGGAAAAACUUGAAUAGGCUAGGGAAUGAACGGACGCUCCAUAUCAGAGGAACUGGAAAGAUACUGCAGGGCAGGUCGGAGACCAAUGGAAACUAUAUGACAAUCCAUCCAUCCAAAAACAUCCCAGAAACACGCCGUGAGGACGGAUUCAAACAUGCAAGGAAGAGAAGACCUGUGACGGUGGAUACCUCGAAAGCCAAAACCUCGUUGGAGGCACUGAAGUUGAGCAUCAAGCAGCUGCAGUGGAAAGAGUUUCCUCUGGGAAGACGAGCAGCCUGUGAUAUCUACUGGCAUGGUGUUUCCUUCCAUGACAAUGAAAAUAUUGUCUCAGGGCAGGUGAACAAGUUCCCAGGAAUGAUUGAAAUGCUGAGGAAGAUCAACCUGAGUCGCGCAAUGCGGACUAUGCAGGAGAUGUUCCCAGAAGAGUACGACUUCUAUCCCCGUUCCUGGAUCCUACCUGAGGAGUAUCAGCAGUUCGCCACACAGAUUCGCAUGGUGAAGGAGAACGAUCCUACACUGAAUCCCACCUUCAUUGUCAAGCCAGAUGGAGGCUCUCAGGGGGACGGCAUCUACCUCAUCCGUGACCCUACUGAUCUAAAACUCAUGGCGGGCUCACAGGCCAAACAAUCUGUAGUCCAGGAGUACAUCCACAAGCCGCUACUCAUUGACAAGCUCAAGUUCGAUAUCCGCCUCUACGUGCUGAUAAAGUCCAUGGAGCCAUUGGAGAUCUAUAUUGCCAAGGAAGGCCUGACACGCUUUUGCACCGAACCCUACCAGGAGCCAAGUCAGAAGAAUCUGAGCCACGUCUUCAUGCACCUUACAAACUACUCCCUCAACGUCCACAGUGGCAACUUUGUCCACUCAGACAGCCAGAGCACAGGCAGCAAGCGCACCCUCUCCAGUGUGCUGUACAGGCUGGCAGCUAAAGGUGUCGACAUCAAGAAAGUGUGGUCGGACAUAAUUGCUCUCGUCAUCAAGACUGUCAUCGCUGUGGUGCCUGAACUUAAAGUCUACUAUCAGGCUGAUAUACCUCCUGGUAAACCUGGACCUACAUGUUUCCAGAUAUUAGGUUUUGACAUCUUACUGAUGAAGAACCUGAAGCCAGUAUUACUAGAGGUCAACUCCAACCCUAGUAUGAGAAUAGAGCAUGAACAGGAGGUGACACCAGGAGUUUUUGAGUAUGUUCCCAGUCCAGUAGAUGAAGAGGUCAAAGUGGGUGUGAUCAGGGACACACUGCGCCUUAUGGACCCUGGUCACAAGAAACCCUCAAUUUCUCAACCAAAGGCUGGUGGCUUUGAACACGGGGAGGAGAUUCCCAUGGAGGCGGAGUCCCAAGACAGGAACCCGGAUGACGGAGGAGCUCUGCCCUCGCUGUGUCUGAAGCAGGUCUACCCCAAGUACACCAAACAGUUCAACUACCUGAGGCUGGUGGAGCGAAUCGCAGCUCUGUUCAUACGCUUCCUCGGGGUCAAGGGCAACAUGCGUCUGGGUCCCACCGCCUUCCGAACCUUCAUCAGGACCUGUAAACUGAGCAACAGUAACUUCACCAUGGCUUCAGUGGACAUCCUCUACAUAGACAUCACACGACGUUGGUCAGGAGCGAUGCCCGACUCUAGAGAAGCAGGUAUGGGACUACAAGCGUUCGUGGAAUCCUUUUUCUACCUGGCGGGUCGCAGGUUCAAAUCCCUGCCGCUGAGGGGACAGGCAGCGUCACUGCUGGAGCUGUGCGAGGCUCAGCUCGAGUCCCAGUCGGGCGUCGAAGACAGACGCUCCGUGAGCUGCAGCAGGGCGUUGCCGCGAGCCAUCAAGACUCAGACGCUCGGCCUCACCAACCCUCAGCUCUGUUCCCCGGCUCCCCUACGAAGGGCGGCCAGCCAGGACUACCGGCUGCAUCAAAGACUCAAGCCUCGCACUCUCAGGGCCAACGUGGAGAACUGACGAGAGAUAGGGCUCCAACUAGUCGUCCAACUCCCAAACACUACCUUUAGCCUCCUCCUGUAGAGCUGGGAAAUUAGGUGUCCAUCUCUCCUCUGCAGCUACAGCAAAGAGGGGAGGUGAUGGGAGGUGAGAGAAGAACUAGUUUGACUCCUGCUGGCUGACUUGCAGGAGGACAGUUCUCAGCCUGAUUGCUUUUUCCUCAGAGGAGGAAGUUGUCCACGGGGGGGGGAGGGGUUGGAACGGUAAUAGAGAAAGAAAUAUAAGGAGGUUGGUGCAUUUCUUCCUCUUCUUUCUGGUGUGAUCAUAUAUGACCAGUGUGGUCCAGUCAGGAAGAGGAUUAAAGGAUUGCUUUUAAUAUACUUACUGAUUCUACAGGGCAGCUAUUUGCUCCCCUUCACCUUUUGUCUGGCAACACUUAACACUGAAACCAACUUUCUUUUCAGGGAUAAUAUUAGAUACUCCGGCUUCACAUUCAACGCAUUUUACACGCAUCACACAUAAAUGGGUGUAAGGGAGUGUCCUUAGUAUGUAUAUUCUUGACUUUGCACAACAACUUUGCACAGAAAUGGAUGUGAGUGUGAGUGUGGACAUAUUGUGUGUGUUUGAGUGUGUGUAUGUACUCUACUGUACAUAUAUAUAUAUAUAUUUUUUUUUUGUGUUUAGCUCAAUGGUGAAAGCCAGUGGCUCAGCUGUGCAUCCCAGCUCCUAGAGCCCAUUAGCGAUGAGUUAAGUGAAUUCAAAGGGAAUAUUCAAAAGGAGAAAAGGUCACGUCGCCAUUUAUCCUCUUUCACUUCUGCAGCUAUUCCAGUCAGGCAGCCUCAGACCUCCAGCGAUGAAGUAAGAGAAAAAUGUUUCUAGGACAACUACCUUACAGCCACAAAACUGCCAUGAGGGAUUAAUUAUUUCCCCCCAAGUAAUUGCAUGGCACAGAAUUUCACAAUUUAGACCAAUGCAUUUUUUUUUUUCUUUUUCUAAAAUGACAAUUGUAAUAAAAUCUUAUAUCAUUGUGUGAUGUGGUUGCCAGUUACACAUAAAAUGACCACUGGUGGAUGCCAACCUGAAAGGUCGUAGAUCGUUACUGUAAUUUCAGCUUAUUUACACUACGGUUACUUACUGAACAAAAAAUGUUUGAAUUGUUUGUUCUCUCUGUUAGUUUUAUACCAAGAUUGUUAAAUUAACUUGUGACAUGCAGACCAAGAAUCAAACGUGAUGUGUUACACUUACUUACAAAAGAACACUGAAGCUUAUUUAACACCUGCAGCGUGGGCAGCUGUUUAAAUACAUACAGGGAACUAAACAUGUAAAAAAGAUCUCUGCUAUGCAUACUGUAGGACAAAAGUAUUUAUUACAGUAUGUAUCUGAAAACAUGAAGUAGAUUUAUAAGAUUAUUCACAGUGAUGGAUCAUAUGAAUGAAAUGUAUUGAUAGAACUGCAAAAAAUCAAAUAAAAUUAAUUUUGCUCUUUGAA